AUGCUGCUCGCUCCUGAGGGAGACCCCGACGCUCCUGACAUACCUACUCCUCGCACUUACGCUGAGGCAGUGUCAGGGCCUUGGGCCUCUCAGUGGAGAGCUGCCAUGGACGCAGAGAUGGCCUCCUAUGGGUCCACAGGCCCUUACGUUGACGAGGUUCCCCCCCCAGGGGCGAACAUAGUUGACGGAAUUUGGAUCUUCAAGGUGAAGCGGCCGCCGGGAUCUCCCCCAGUCUUCAAGGCAUGCUACGUGGCUAGAGGGUUCAGUCAGCGCGAGGGGGUUGACUUCUUUCAGACCUUCGCGCCCACCCCGAAGAUGACCACUCUUCGGGUGUUACUUCACGUAGCAGCACAGAGAGACUACGAGCUACACUCUCUUGACUUCUCCACUGCCUUCCUCCAGGGCAGCCUACACGAGGAGAUCUGGCUGCGUCGUCCUCCGGGCUUCACUGGCACCUUCCCGCCUGGGACCCAGUGGAGCCUCAGACGACCGGUCUACGGUCUCCGCCAGGCACCCCUUGUGUGGCACGACACUCUUCGCUCUACUCUGUCCGAGCUCGGGUUUGAGCCGUCUUCUGCAUACCCGUCGCUGUUUGUUCGUCGUGGGCGCACACCUUUCUUCGUUUUGGUCUACGUUGACGACUUGGUUUUUGCCACAGCAGACACAGUUGCACUGGCGGAGGUGAAGUCCGAACUGCAGAAGAGACACACGUGCACUGACCUUGGGGAACUGCGCCGCUACCUUGGCCUGCAGAUCUCCAGGGACAGAGCCGCUCGCACCAUUACUCUUACUCAGUCACACAUGGUGCAGCAGGUCCUUCAGCGGUUCGGGCUUCAGCACUCCUCUCCUACACCCACCCCUCUUGCUGUAGACCACAGACUCACUGGGCCUUUUCUUGACGAGCCGUUCGAGCCCAGUGGUCCCUAUGCAGAGCUGGUGGGCUGCCUCAUGUACCUGAUGACGCGCCCUCGCCCGGACCUCGCCUUCCCUCUUAGCAUCCUUUCUCGCUUUGUUGCGACUGGGAGACACCGUCCUGUCCACUGGACAGCUGCUAAGAGGGUGGCGAAGUACCUCGCCACGACAUCAGACACGAGGCUUGUACUUGGAGGGACACAGCCAGUUGUACUCACCGGUCACUGCGACUCCUCGUACGCCGACGACGUUGAGACUCAGAGGUCUACGCAGGGUUACUGUUUCAGUCUGGGCUCUGGAGCUGUUUCGUGGAGGUCUACUCGGUCCUCCUCUGUUGCGACUUCUACCGCAGAGGCCGAGAUCUACGCUGGAGCCCUUGCUGCACAGGAGCUGCGCUGGUUGACCUUCUUGCUCACUGACCUUGGUGAGCGGCUGAGCUCUGCACCGACCUUGUUUGCUGACAACAAGGCGAUGAUUCUCCUGUGUCGUGAGCCUCGACUGGAGAGCAGAGUGAAGCACAUCGACGUCAGGUACUUCCUCCUUCGAGAGUUGCAGAGACGUGGACAGGCACGUCUGGACUUCGUGGCCUCCGAGGCCAACACUGCAGACAUCUUCACCAAGGCUCUUCAGCCUUGUGACCACCGCCGGUUCUGUCUGCAGUUAGGCCUCGUUGAGACUGGGUCUAGUAGACUGCAGUAG